AGCUGCUACUAGAUUUGUUGAGUGUUAGGUUAAGCGAUUUCAAAGAUCAUGGUGGGCAAGUUGGGAGUUCGAACUACCAACACGAAGGUAGUUUUCAGGGAUACCAAGGCGUCCUGCAGUACCACGAGUGAUGCUAGGGAUCCUCUUCUGUCUGGUGCGCGGCGACGACCAGGGAGGGGAGACGACCAGCCCAGGUACGUUCCCGACGACUGGGACGACUCCCUCCCCUACGGCGGGAAGGUCUACCUGGCGAGGAGGAAGCUGCCCGACACCUGGUUCUGCGUCGCCCUCCAGGUGAUCGCCGUAGCAGCAGCAUUCGGCCUCCUCUACUACGCCUGGUACCACACCGACCACAUGCACUUCCACAUCACCAAGGCCUAUGCUCACCUGGGCCACCUGGACGCGCAGGCCACAGUGGGACACAAGCUACUGAUGGGGAAAGGUGUCGAAAAGAAUCACACAGCUGCCAUGGAGUGGUUCAAGAAAGCCUCUGACCAGGGCCACCCCCACGCUGCCUACAAUCUGGCUGUGGGUCACCUUCAGGGCUACAAGAUCGGUCUGAAGCCUGGAGAUGCUCACGAGCUCAUAAAGAAGGCUGCAGAGAAGGGGGUUCCAGAGGCGAUAGACGUCUUGGAUAAGGUGUGCUCUCGUGGGCACUGCGAUGCUUAGUCAGGCAUUCUAGUCACAUUUUUUUCUGUUGUGAAACUACAGCCAAUUUUGUAAUUCCUUAGUUUCCUGUCUUUUAUUUGUAGUUUAAUCUCCCCAAUAGAUCCUUAAAUGAUAAAAGUAUUUCAGUACUGCAAGUUAUGCAUAAUUGUAUAGAAAUCAAGGUAAUGAAAAGUUUGAUUUACUAAUAUUAGUCGAGCUUCUGUUUACUGUUAAAUAUGAGUACUGACUUUAUGAUGUAGAAAAUCAUCUAAAUAUAUUCUAGCAAAGCUCACUAGCACAAUAAAUAACAUAGAAAUUAUUUGUUUUAUGUCCUUUUAUUAGGUGCACUUAUCCCAUCUAUGUGGCAAAAUAGUUUACUUUUAUUGACUUUACAAUUCCUAAAAAUUUUGCGUUCAUUAAUCAGACCUACCUUUCAACAGUCUAAUUAAUGCCAAGUUGCAGCAAUCAAAAUUUCAAAUGUGAUAAUAUAGUAACUAAGAAUAUUAACCUUACUCAAAAGGAGACAAAAACAAAUUUACGAAUUUCCAUUUUUAUGUAAUUACAUUAUCUUUCUUAUAUGUAAAAAGUAGAAACAUUUGCACAUUUCAUUUAUACAAUAUUUCUCACUCGCAUCCCAGCCUCUCACGCAACGGAGAGCACCAACCGGCAGCACAGAAAGGCAUCUUGGAGCAAUAAAUGCACUUUUCACCUCCACUGUGAUGCCAGACAGUCACAUAUAACUAGGUCUCUUUCCAAAUUGGAAGGUGGACUCCCAUCAUAAGUAAAUAUUUGCAAAAACUUUAACAAAGAAAGUAGGCCAAGAGAUCCUAGAGAUGAACAGACUCUCCACUGUAAUUAUCAAACUUGUACAACGCCCCACAAUGUGUGGGGUGGGGAGGUAGGGGGCCAGUGGGGGAAAAUAAAUUAAAUCCACUUACACAGUGAAAAUUCCAA